AUGGUUGACUACUCACCCAACAUCAUUGCCUCGUUCUGUAUUACUUUUCCUAUUGCUACGCUCGUGGUCAUUCUUCGGCUCAUUUCCAAGCGUAUGACAACUACUGGAUAUGGACUGGAGGACAUCCUGGCCGUGUGUAGUUGGGUAGGUUCUAAAUUCACCGUCUUACUUCGUUGUUACAUAGGGCUUGCCGACUACGGCCUUGGUCGACCGAUUGAGCAAGGCCUGUCCUCCCAACUAACCCUGGACGAGAAGACGAAAGUAUCUUGGCUGAUCCUAUGGUGUUCAAGUAUUCUUUACUCAUUCACCAUUGCCUUCUGCAAGUUUUCGAUCCUUUGUUUCUACUGGCGCCUUUUCAAAUAUUCCAGCGUUAGGAUACCGGUCCAGGUCCUGUCUGGUCUGACGUUGGCCUGGUUCAUCUUGCGACUCUUCCUGGUAACACUUCAGUGUAUACCUAUCCAAGGUUUAUGGGAUCACUCGGUCAAGCACUCAUGCGGCGUUAACGAGACGGUGUUUUUCUUUACGACGGUUCUUACACAUGUCUUGAUCGACUGCGCCAUUCUUGCUCUUCCGAUAAUCGAGGUUGGCAAGAUGCAUCUCCCCAAGGGCCAGAAGAUUGCAGUGAUUACUCUCUUCUUGUUUGGUGCCUUAGUCUGCCUUGCGUCUGUCUUUGUGCUCGUCGAAUCGCUCAAGUUCGACUCUCGCUCAAAGGAAAUCACGCUCGAAAUGGGGGUCCAUUCUUCAGCAGCAGUUGCUGAAGUUAACCUUGCUGUGAUAUCGACCUCACUUCCAUUACUACGUCCCAUCUGUCGUAGGAUGGUUCCUGGUUUCUCAUUUUCUUCAAAAAAUUACCACCAGUCAGAACAAUCCCCUCGAGAAGUUGUCCUGGAAGACUGGGCUACCAAACCAUCCGCUGUUGCACGAACUAGUCAUCAUGACAUUCAACCGCUGGGCUUGUUGACGGACGAGAUUCAGGGUGAACCUUCGCAUUUGUCGGCCGAAGGUAGCAGAGGCUAG